UGCGUGCUUUGGGCGUGUUUCCGGUAUACUUCUACUUUGAAAGAUAGACCAGUCUGUUUCGAGCAUCAACAUCAACGUGCCAACGUUAAACUCAGACUCCCAUAAACCCUUGCGAUAAUAUUUACAGUAGGAACCAUCUGCUUUCUGCUGACUGCUAGUCGGCUACAGUGAAAUUAAAGUUGUUUAAAAUAAAUUGGGAAGACGUUGAACCUGACGCUUCCUUUGCAACAGCGAGCUACCUCUGCUCUGCUGCUAAAUAUAGGUCUCACGCUGUCUGACAACACCUCUCCGGAUUUGCUGACAGGCGAGUUCCACUUCCUUUCUUUUACGGGACAGGUCUCAUCUUCCCUUGUACCAGCAAAAAGAGAUCAUGCGACCUCAUUAUCAUAUGCUGAAGUCAGAUCAGUGUGUUGUGAGCUGUGUGUGACAGGAGCAGCAAUGAAGGCUGGAGUGAGGAUUGUGGACAGAGCUGCAGCUACCUGCAUCCUAACGCUGUGUUUCGGCUGCUUACACGUGAUCGCCCUCAAACAACAACUUUUAUCCAGGCGUGGUGGGUCAUCUCACUCCACUGAGGUCCCCAUCAGCUAUGAAACAUUAUAUUUUGACCAGAAGAUUGAUCAUUUUGGUUUCCUAGAGGAUGGCACCUUCAAACAGAGAUACCUUGUGGCCGACAAACACUGGCAGCAGCCUGGAGGACCUAUUUUGUUCUACACUGGCAAUGAAGGAGACAUCACCUGGUUCUGCAACAAUACUGGCUUCAUGUGGGAAAUUGCGGAAGAGUUGGGUGCCAUGCUGGUUUUUGCAGAACAUCGUUACUAUGGAGAGUCCCUGCCAUUUGGGCAAGACUCUUACAGUGACAACAAACACCUGAACUACCUGACCUCAGAGCAGGCUCUGGCAGAUUUUGCAGUGCUGAUUCAGAACCUCAAGAGCACUUUACCUGGAGCUCAGCGGAGCCCUGCCAUCGCUGUUGGAGGUUCUUAUGGAGGGAUGCUCGCCGCCUGGUUCAGGAUGAAAUACCCCAAUAUUGUUGUUGGAGCUCUGGCAGCCUCCGCACCCAUAUGGCAGUUCCCUGGUAUGGUGCCAUGUGGAGACUUCUACAACAUAGUUACACAGGACUUUGCCAGCAGUGGAUAUAACUGUGAUGCAAACAUCAGAAAGUCGUGGAAGGCUAUUAACAAUGUAUCAUCCGCUGAGUCUGGUCUUCAGUGGCUGUCAGAAGAAUUCAGUUUAUGCGUCCCUCUUAAAAACAAGAAUGAUGCUUUUGGCUUCAAAAACUGGCUUCAGGAGACUUGGGUGAACCUGGCUAUGGUGGACUACCCCUACGAAGCAAAUUUUCUGCAGCCACUUCCUCGCUGGCCGAUCCAGGUGGUGUGCAAGCAUCUUGCUUUCGAUGCCACUGUGUCUGACUACCAGCUGCUGCACGGUGUAUCCCAAGCAGCAAAGGUCUACUACAACUACACCGGAAGCUCUUCCUGUCUCAACACAUCUCAGACUGCAACCGGCAGCCUCGGUCUCCUCGGCUGGUUUUACCAGGCCUGCACAGAGAUGGUGAUGCCCAUGUGCACAGACGGCAUCCAGGACAUGUUUGAACCUGAGGACUGGAAUUUCCAGGCCUUUUCUGAUGAGUGUCACGCCAUGUUUGGUGUCAGGCCACGAGCUGACUGGGCAGGCACAGUCUACGGGGCAAAGGACAUCGCCUCUCACAGUAACAUCAUCUUCAGUAACGGAGGACUAGACCCGUGGUCGUCUGGUGGAGUGACUUCCAACAUAACAGAUUCUCUGGUUUCCAUUAUGAUUCCUGAUGGUGCCCAUCACUUGGACCUCCGCUACAGCAAUGUCCAUGACACCCCUUCAGUCCGCGCAGCCCGGGCGUUGGAGGUGAUGUAUUUUCGAGAAUGGAUCAAGCAGGCUAAAGGGACACCUCAAACUGCAUCCACCCCCUAGUCCCUAAAAGCAGCACAAUGUCCCCCGACCGGGAUUAACCAGCUUUAAUUUGCUUGACACGGUAUUCCACAGGGUCAUCAUCAUUAUAAAAGGCAAAGUUUGUGCCUUUUUCAAUUAAUGUUAGGGUACUUUUCUUUCUUUCUCUAUUUGACUAUGCUCUUUAUUUUAAUAACGAUGUCAUUAAUCACGUGAAAGUUUUUGAAUCUUAUUCAUGUAGCUACAGUAUGAUCAGUGCUGGAACAUCAGACUACAAUUUUCAUUGACCUCAUUAGACACACUCUUUUUCUUUAUGCCAAACUUUAAAUUUCCAAGAUGUGGAGAGGUAUGAGAGAAAACUGAGAGUUGUGAUAACAAGUGCUGUUGUGUGAAUGUUUUUAUUCAUGUAACCACAUUAUCAUCUCCCACGAUCAUUAUUAUCCUUUUUCUCCCAUGUAAAGUUGCCAAAAACUCAUUAUGGCCUCUCUGCCUCUAAGCUUGUGUUUUCUUGUUGUCAGUCGGUGUUACAAUCAGGGAUACAAUCAGUUAUUCACAUUCUUAAUUUCAUUUUUGUCUUUUAGUUUCAUCAUUAUAAAUUGACACCCAUUACGUUCUUUUGUGUUGUCAGUUUUGUUGAUUAGUCAUUGUUUUCACUUGGAUGUAUUUGUUUUUUUCAAGAUAUAUGUACAAUAUGAUAUUCUUCUUAACACUUAAAGAAGUCUCAGGAGAAAAGUUACCAAAAAUAAAAAAAUUGUUUUCAAUAUUGUGUACUAUUAAACUUGAUUUGUUAUUGUUCACAGAAGAACA